UUUCCAAAGCUACGUCAUAAGUUUUGAAAACAAACUGUACUUUGUUUUCAAAUCAAUGUUUAACUCAGUAGUUACACACUUGACUUAAAAUGGCAACCACUAUUUUUAUUUUCUUAUUGGAUUACAUACCGGGUUUUGAAACUGCUUUUAAUUCAAGUCUCCAGAACUUGAAUGAGAAUAUUACAAUCGAUAUUUGUGAUUCACGUAUAUCUGAAGUUUUAUUGAACGAAAUACUUAAAAUUGAAGAAUUCAAUGGCGUAUACAGAUAUUUAUACAUAUCACCAAAUUACAUUGAUAAAUUAAGCCCAAUUAAAGCUUUAUUUCAUUUAAAUAGUUCAGCCGAUGGUUUCAAUUACCAGAUGGGUAUUUCAGAUUUGAAUAAUUUUCGUACUAAAAUAUCUCGAGAAUAUUUUCCCGCACAGGCGCCAUUUUUGGUUGCCAUAUUUGAAACCCUCUCAAAUAUUACCGCGCAAACAUGUGGUGGAGUGCUUUUGGCCAAAAAUUGGGUACUUACUGCAUCUACUUGUAUUAAUAUGUUGCCGAAUCUGUAUAGAAAUGGGUCGGCUACUAGUAGAAGUUAUCAUACGGUUAUCGCAAAUUCGACCAACCCUCUAUCUGACGGUUCUGUACACAACGUGACAGACGUGGUCUUUUAUCCAAAAAAGCUCGUGCUCUUAGCAUUGAUGAGAAUUAACCCAAGCAUUGAAGUUAAACCAUUGCAAUUGUAUAAAAGUAACUUUAUGGAUAACUUAGAAACUAUGGUCUACGGAUGGUCUGUUUACAAGAAUGAAAAUGGGAGUGAUGUAAUGGAAACGAGUAUUGUCGAAUCAACAGCCCAUAAAUGCGACGCAAACCAUGCUAUUAGAGGAACACAUUCGUUGAUAUGUUUGGUCGCCAAAAAGUCUAAAAAUGUAAACAAGAUGAAUUCCGGUGGUCCUGUGCUGGUUUUACGUCACAAGAAAGUGUAUCUCUUGGGUAUUGCAGUCGUCGAUCGCAUCUCUGCCGUUGUUCCUAUUAACCACUAUUAUGGUUGGGUCAAUUAUAUUUUAAAACAAUAUUGCAUUUUUUAUUUUUAUUAGUUUGACCGAAAUAUUAUAAUAACAAUAUAACAAACCGUGCACCUCAACUAUAUUAUUUAAAAUCCCAUUAGUUUUUUUUCGUUUAGUAUUAUGAUUGAGUUUGAGGCGCGACUGCAUAGUGCAGGCAGUUUAUGUGGGUCUCGUUAAUGUGCAUACCCACCAAAACCCCAAGGCGCCACCAACAAUCGCCCUAGACAGGAUGCAUUUGCACCAGAGGCUUAUCUGCUUCCCGACUUUCCAUACGACGGGUUCGUCUCCAUCUUCACGCCCAUUGUAAAUUUGUGACGAUACAGGUACUUGAAACAGCAAAACAGCAUUUGAAUAGUAAUGAUACAAAUUCUAGCAUAAAACUUUCUCAUGUCGAUUAUAAAAUAGACGUAAUUCGACGUCAUCAAUAAUUUAUUAUCCAUACGAUGUUACACAACUGAUAUUAAUGGAAGGAUGACUAGUGAUUAACGACUUUCACUGGCUCUCAACUUUGCCUCGUUAAGCUUUUUGUAACAACUUUUGUAAUCGUCGAAAAUCUGUUAGGUUAAAACGCGUG